AUGAGCAGUCAGUCACCCGAAGGCAUGGAAAGCACCUUUCUGCGCCGAUGGACCGCAGCUCGACCCGAGCCCGUCCGAUUUAGCCCGGCAUGGUGGUGGGUCUGGACCAUUCGCUUCAUUGUCUUUGGCAUCACCGGCAGCUCGUCCGUUUACUUUGUGCGACCCUUUAUGCGCGACUCGCUGGGCAUUGAGGGCACUUUGAUCGAGGGUCCUUGGAGUUAUCGCAUUGGCAGCUUUGUGUUUGUUACACCCAUCUACACGGUCAUUCUUCUCAGCAUUGGCUUUGCCUCGGGCCAAUUCGCUUUCUUUGCCAAUGUGGCGCGUCGCAUGUGGUGCCGGAUCCUACCUGGCAUUGUCGCUAAACCUGCCAAGAAGGCAUGA